AUAAAUCUUAUAUGAGAACAAUCUUUAAGAGACUGAUGUUGAAUGGUGUUUUACCCUUGAUAGUGUUCUCAGGUGACAACCUUAGAAUAGUAAGUCCAGCUGUGAGCGACCCACCUGCCCUGUUUUUCCUUUGUGAUGGUCAGAAUAAUCACCAUGGUAUGAAGCCACUUCCCCUCCCCUGGAGAGCCUAGACAGUAUAACUGGCACUCUUGGUUGGCAUCUAGCCAGCAGUUCCAUCAUUUUUUUUUAAUGUUUGUUUAUUUUAGAGAGAGAGAGAGGGAGAGAAAGCAAGCGGGGGAGGGGCAGAGAGAGAGAGGGAGCCAGAAUCCCAAGCAAGCUCUGCACUGUCAGUAUGCAGCCCCACCUGCGGCUCAAACCCACGAACCUCAAGAUCAUGACCUGAGCCGAAAUCAAGAGUCGGAUGCCCAACCUACUGUGCCACCCAGGCACCCCUCAUUUUUAAUUCUUAAUAUUGUUCCUUAGACAUGUGAAGACAACUACGUGUUUCAAAGGCUAAUGAGAAUUUAGGUAACAGAAGGCUGUAAAGAUUAACACCAUGCUCUUCCUCUGGAGUGUUUGAGCUGCAGGGACAGCUGCUCUUUGGCCUUCGGCUGACCUCAGAAACUAGAAACACUUAUUUCAGGCUUUGUCCCAUUGGCCACUGUGGGCAGAAGUGGAAAACACCUGCCAGGUGUUGCCAUAAGAUUGACUCGGCCAACAGGAAACUUUUCUAACAAGCUUUGUGGCUUAACCGUAGCCCCGUCCCAACCCUGCCUUGCCUUGGCGUUCACACCACAGCACGUGUUGAGCGCCCCCUGUGUGCGAGGCCCGGUAACGGGCAAUGAAGGAUAUCGCUAUUGUCCUUCCAGAGUUUCUACGCAUUUUUGUCUUCCAACCACCCUCCUGUUAGUAUCUCUUUUUCCUAUUUUACAAAUGAGACCGACGAAAAGAGCAUCGGGCCGUGGGACAGGGCACGUCCCUGUGAGUAACUGGCUCUGUGAUCUUGAGCUAGUCGCUAGCCCAGCGGGAGUUGAUCCCAAGUUUUCUCCCCCUUGGAACACCGGCCCAGCUCACGGUGAUGAGAGCUCAGCCGCUGCCUCUGGAAGCGGGUCUCGGAACGUGAAGGCGUGAUUUACUACGGCCUGCGUCCCGAGGAGCAGGGAGGGAGAAGUCCAGGGCAAGCGCCCCACCUCCGCUGCAUGGACCCAGAAGUGUGAGGGACCACACUCGCACCCGGCUCCCGACAGCACUGACCUACGGCGCCCGGGAAGGGUCGCUUCGUUCCUCGCCAAGACUUCUCCUUCCGCCAAUCACCGCUUGAGCCCCGCCCUUCCCGUCGCCGGAAGCAGCCGUUGCCCCGAGCAACUGCAACGUCCGGCUUUCCAAGUUGGCGGCGGGAAAGGCCAUGAGUAAAGGCCGGGCCGAGGCUGCGGCGGGAGCCCCCGGGAUUCUCCUGAGAUACCUGCAGGAGCAGAACCGGCCCUACAGCGCCCAGGACGUGUUCGGGAACCUGCAGCGGGAACAUGGACUGGGCAAGGCGGCGGUGGUGAAGGCGCUGGAGCAGCUGGCCCAACAAGGCAAAAUCAAAGAGAAGAUGUACGGCAAGCAGAAGAUCUAUUUUGCGGACCAGGACCAGUUCGAGAUGGUGAGUGACGCUGACCUCCAAGGCCUGGACACCAAAAUCGUGGCCCUCACUGCCAAGGUGCAGAGCCUCCAGCAGAGCUGCCGCCACAUGGAGGCUGAGCUGAAGGAGUUAACUAGUGCCCUGACCACACCGGAGAUGCAGAAAGAGAUCCAGGAGUUGAAGAAGGAAUGUGCUGGCUACAGACAGAGACUGAAGAACAUCAAAGCAGCCACCAACCACGUGACUCCAGAAGAGAAAGAGCAGGUGUACAGAGAGAGGCAGAAGUACUGCAAGGAAUGGAGGAAGCGGAAGAGGAUGGCAACAGAACUGUCUGAUGCGAUCCUUGAAGGAUACCCCAAGAGCAAGAAGCAGUUCUUUGAGGAAGUUGGGAUAGAGACCGAUGAAGAUUACAACGUGAAGCUCCCAGACCCUUGAGGAGUCCUCUGCAGGAUGGGGGAAUGGAAGCGACGUCCUGGACUGGCCGCCUCCUUCAGGUUGGCUUCUUGGUUCCUGCUGCUUUCCACCUUUGAG